AUGAAGUACGUUUCAUCAGUUCAGGACAUUGAGAUUCCAAAGGGAGUCACUGUUUACAUUAAGUCUAGAAAGGUCGUUGUCAAGGGUCCAAAGGGUACUCUUGUCAAGGACUUGAAGCACAUUAAUGUGAACUUCAAGCUUGUGAACGAGAACCUCAUUCAGGCUCACAUUCACAACGGUGAUAGAAGACACGUUGCUACUUUGAGAACUGUUAGAUCUCUUAUCACCAACAUGAUCACUGGUGUGACUGUUGGAUUCCUUUACAAGAUGAGAUUUGUCUAUGCACAUUUCCCAAUCAAUGUUUCCAUUGUUGAGGAAGAUGGACAACAGGUUGUUGAGAUCAGAAACUUCUUGGGAGACAAGAGACUCAGAAGAGUUGUUGUUCCAAAGGAUGUUACUGCAGUUCUUUCUAAAACUACUAAGGAUGAACUUCAGGUCUCUGGUAUCUCCAUCGAGGAGGUUUCUCAGACUUGCGCUGAUAUCCACCAGAUCUGUUUGGUCAGAAACAAGGAUAUCAGAAAGUUCUUGGAUGGUAUCUUUGUUUCCCAGAAAGGUCACAUUGAUGAGGAUUAUGAGAAGUAA